UGCUGUGAAAUACACAACAAUGCAAAUUUCCUGUUGAUUGGAAUUGUAUGGAAUGUCUAAAGAAAUCGUAGCUUGCGAUUCUGCAAGGUAGCUUUUGAAAUAUUGGCGAUCUGUCACUUUGCUAGACGUUCGAAUGGAAAUAUAAGGUUGGCAAAAAGUUGUGGGACCAAAGGUUGUUUUUCUUGUGCAUGGACGGAAAGCCAAUGCGCAGGGGUACGAGCGCACGCCCAGACAAUACCGGAAUGGACAUCACCGCACGCUGCACACUGGGUGACCCCAACAAGCUCCCAGAGGGUGUGCCCCAGCCGGCACGCAUGCCCUAUGUGUCGGACAAGCACCCUCGCCAGACGUUAGAGGUCAUCAAUCUGCUACGCAAGCACAGGGAACUGUGUGAUGUCGUGUUGGUGGUCGGCGCCAAAAAGAUAUAUGCCCACCGGGUGAUCCUGUCGGCCUGCAGCCCUUACUUCAGGGCCAUGUUCACAGGCGAGCUGGCCGAGAGCCGGCAGACUGAGGUUGUGAUCCGGGACAUUGACGAGCGGGCCAUGGAGCUUCUCAUUGACUUUGCCUACACCUCGCAGGUUACUGUAGAGGAGGGCAACGUGCAGACGCUGCUGCCCGCCGCUUGUCUGUUACAGCUGGCCGAGAUUCAGGAGGCUUGCUGCGAAUUUCUCAAGCGUCAGUUGGACCCCUCCAAUUGCCUGGGUAUCCGUGCAUUUGCUGACACCCACUCCUGCCGCGAGCUUCUGCGGAUAGCUGACAAGUUUACACAGCACAACUUUCAAGAGGUGAUGGAGAGUGAGGAGUUCAUGCUGCUUCCAGCCAACCAGCUGAUAGACAUAAUCUCCAGCGACGAAUUGAAUGUGCGAAGUGAAGAGCAGGUUUUCAACGCAGUCAUGGCCUGGGUCAAGUACAGCAUUCAGGAGCGCCGGCCACAGCUGCCACAGGUUCUCCAGCACGUUCGUCUUCCUCUUCUGAGCCCUAAAUUCCUGGUGGGAACGGUGGGAUCAGACCCUCUCAUCAAAAGUGAUGAGGAGUGCAGAGACCUGGUUGAUGAGGCAAAGAACUACCUCCUCUUGCCCCAAGAGCGACCUCUAAUGCAAGGGCCAAGAACACGGCCCCGGAAGCCCAUCCGGUGUGGAGAAGUGCUGUUUGCAGUUGGAGGGUGGUGCAGUGGGGAUGCCAUUUCCAGUGUGGAGCGAUACGACCCACAGACCAACGAGUGGCGCAUGGUGGCUUCCAUGAGUAAGAGGCGCUGUGGAGUGGGGGUCAGUGUCCUUGAUGAUCUUCUCUAUGCAGUCGGCGGCCAUGACGGGUCUUCAUAUCUCAACAGUGUGGAGAGGUAUGACCCCAAGACCAAUCAGUGGAGUAGUGAUGUGGCUCCCACCAGCACGUGCAGGACCAGUGUGGGUGUGGCUGUCCUGGGAGGGUAUCUGUACGCAGUAGGGGGCCAAGAUGGAGUAUCAUGUCUCAACAUUGUUGAAAGAUAUGACCCCAAGGAGAACAAAUGGACGCGCGUGGCCUCGAUGAGCACCAGGCGCCUGGGUGUAGCCGUGGCUGUACUGGGGGGCUUCCUCUAUGCAGUGGGAGGCUCUGAUGGCACGUCCCCUCUCAAUACAGUGGAGAGGUACAAUCCUCAAGAGAACCGAUGGCACACUGUCUCUCCCAUGGGCACCAGGAGGAAACACCUAGGCUGUGCAGUGUACCAAGACAUGAUCUACUCUGUAGGUGGUCGUGACGACACCACCGAGCUGAGCAGCGCUGAGCGCUACAACCCCAGGACCAACCAGUGGUCACCUGUUGUAGCCAUGACUUCAAGGCGUAGUGGGGUUGGACUAGCGGUGGUAAAUGGCCAGUUAAUGGCCGUGGGCGGCUUUGACGGGACAACAUAUCUUAAAACAAUAGAAGUCUAUGAUCCUGACGCUAACACAUGGAGACUCUACGGUGGAAUGAACUACAGGCGACUUGGAGGAGGGGUUGGUGUUAUCAAAAUGACUCACUGUGAAUCCCACAUAUGGUAACACCUCCAGUUUAAAGGCCUCACCGUCACUUGUGCCUCUGAAAGAAACAAUGUUUAUCAUGCAAGGAAGGAAGACUGAGACUAUACUAAAUGUAACUCAUCCACAGCCGUGUAAUUGGCAAGCUAAGGAAAUGUCUUGAGUGACUCUACAAGAUGUCAAGUCUGGAAGGCUUCUCAUCUAGUAGCCUAUGGUUCAUCGCUCUAUUAUGUACUUCCUGUAUUAUGACUUGACACGCCAAGGCCAAGAGGAACCAACUGAAUAGGCCUGCAUCAAUCACAUGAGGAACUAUUAUUUAUGACAUCACGGAGGCAAACACUUCAUUUCCCCUUUUUCUGUUAUUGAAAUGGGAUUCUGCAGCUGCACUUUAGGAGACAGUUCAGACUUGCUGUGUGACCUGUUAUACUAUACCAACGUUGAGUUUCCAUUUAAAUAUUAAAUGGGGCAUGAUGAAGAAUCUUCAAAGAGAACUGUUGUUUAACUGAAAAUGUAGGAUGUGGUCGCAUCGCUUCUCCUGAUCCUCAUCGUGAAUAGUUGAUGAACUUGUUAGGCAGUUGUUUGAAUCUCCUCUAAAUUGAAUGCACUGUGAUUAUGAUUAUUGUCUAAUAUUUUUUCUAUUUUUUAGCUGUUUUUAUUAGAGGUGGACACUGAGCAUAACCUGGAGUUCUACAUUCACAUCUGGGCGUCAAUUGUAAAAUUAAAAUAUAAAAUUGUUGGUCGACUAA